AUCGCAGCUCCCCAGCUCGCAGGAGGCUGCCCAGGACUGGGAUUGGGGUCGGGGGGCUCUGCAGAGGGUAUCACAGCUCCCCAGCUCGCAGGAGGCUGCCCAGGGCUCUGCACGAGGCUGGGGUCCAGCCUGUGCCACGGUUCUGCUGGUGCCAGGCACAGCUGGGGCUGGAGCGGGUGUUGGAAAAGGUAGUGGAGCUUGAUGCCUGUAGAGCUGGGAGCGUUUAAAACCAAUAUGGUUGUGAUCUUGUUUAAGCACGAGCAGAUAACAGAAAAAAAAUAGCUUAAUCUUCCAAGCUGUUAAUGCUGGCAUAGGGAAUGGCAUCAGAAGAUUUUACUUAAGGAGUGCCGACGGUGCUGGUAGCUGAUGAGACCUGGGUGUCGAUGUUAACCAAAUCAUUCAUAUAAUGCUUGGUGAUUUGUGUCUGUGAUCUAAGCUUGUCAUCUCAGAUUUUUAAGACAUACGUUUUGUUUCAGAUCUAUGGUUCAGCAGUAUUUUACAUAGCCUUCACAAAAUGUCAAGUUCUUUAGAGCACAGGGAAAUAAACGUCAUCUUUAUUUUUCUGUUCAUAAGAGGCAAUUAAUUUGUCUGUGCCUCAGGACAGAGAGACAGCUCAGCCUGGGACAUUAGGUAAUAAGGAUGAUUUCAGGUGUCUAUAUUUUUUUUCUGGGGAAGAAUAAAGAGCACCAAAGAUGGGAAACAUUUACUGACUGACUAGCGAAGGCAUGUAAAAGGAUCUGAAUUUUCUCCAGGAUGGGCAGAUACUCUAGUUAUGCAAUUUGGGAGACUAACCUAUGAUAAUGCAUUCAGUAAUUGUGUCCAUUUCUGAGAAAAUUCAAAGAUUUCCACGAAGAACAAGAUCCCUUAAAAUGGUGAAAUUGUGCACACAAGGCCUUAUGUUCCUUUGAAGAGCUGAGCUUAGCUUUGUUGAAUAUCCCAGUGCACAACUUACUGUCUUAUUGGAGCAUGGGGAAGCUUGCAUGAUCACAUCUCGCCUGAGGUCUUCUCAGGAACAAUACAAUGAGGUUAUCUUGCUGAGCAAAACUCUGGCGUGAUGCCUGCUAAUGGGAGAGUGUCAUAUCACUUUGUGCCAGCACUUUGUAGGGGACUGUUUGGAUUCUGAGGAUGUUCUGCUCACCAGCUUAUCAUGGUAGAUGUAACAGAGGAGGAGAUGGAUAACCCCACAUUUAAAAGUGAUACUGUACUUUCUGAUGUUCACUUACAUUGUCCAGACCAAAGACAUCUCAUGGUACGAUUGAAUGCAGUUGGGCAACCAGUAUUCCUGUCGUAUUUCAAACUCCUUUGGAAUGCAGAAGAUUUGGCAUCCGAGAAACAUGGAAGAGAAACUGCAACGGAAAGAGAACAGCAGUACCGAAGUGGAGAUGAACCGUAUGACACAGACAGGAAUAAUUUAAAAGAAGAAAAAGAAUUAAAAAUUGAAGGAGUAGAAGCUCUGCUAGAUGAUGAUGGAGACUUGGAAGUGAUCAGAAGACCUCGAAGUGCCUCUGAUAUAGAAGCAGAAGGUGUUUUGAGGGACAGAGUGCAUCCUGUAAUUCUGAUGAAAGGGGAAGAAGAUGCUUUUGAAGUUGAAGAGCAAGAAGGCACUUGCAGUGAUGUUGUUAAAAUAGAACAUACUAUGGCAACCCCCUUAGAAGAUGUUGGUAAACAAGUAUGGCGCGCAGCCUUUCUUCUUGCUGAUUACAUUCUGUUUAAACGGGACACGUUCAAUUGUUGCUCGGUGCUAGAGCUUGGAGGUGGCACUGGAAUUACAAGCAUUAUCAUGGCAACAGUUGCCAAGAGAGUUUAUUGCACAGAUGUUGGUGAAGAUCUUCUGGCCAUGUGUGAGAAAAACAUUGCAUUAAACAAACAGCUGAUGGAGCCAGGAGGAGGGGAAGUUAAAGUAAAAACGCUGGACUGGUUGAAAGAUGAAUUCUGCACUGAUCCUGAAGCUCCUUAUAGCUGGUCAGAAGAAGAGAUUGCUGAUUUGCAUGACCACUGUACUGUGAUAAUGGCAGCUGAUGUGUUCUAUGACGAUGACCUGACAGAUGCUUUGUUCAGAACGCUGUAUAGGAUCACACACAACUUGAGAAAUUCUUGCACAGUAUACCUAGCAUUAGAAAAGAGGCUGAACUUCACUUUAAGACAUAUGGAUGUUACAUGUGAAGCCUACAGUCAUUUUAGGAAUACUCUGAAUGAUUUGGAGAACCUCCAAGACAGAAAAAUGAAAUAUACCGUGGAGCCCAUUAAGCCUGAUUUCUGCCAGUUUCUCAUUUAUGAACGCAUUGAGCAGUUGGAAUUGUGGAAGAUCAUUGCUGAACAGCUUACAUGACAGGGACGUGAGAAAAUAGAAGAUUGUCAUCUGAGAAUAAAGGGGGAAGUAUGUUCUAUUGUAAAAGGAUUUUCAUCCCAAGAAAAGCAUUUUCCUGGUGGAACUAUGUUCUCAGAAAGCGUUGCAGUGCAGAUUUGCUUUACUUCAGUGUUUUGGCACGUAGGGCAUGGUUUCUUCGAUGUUUCUUUUACAAUCUGUUUAACAUUGAUCUUCAGAGUACGUGCUGGAUGCCAUCAGUGGCAGUGACACAGGGACUUGCACUUUGGGAUUGAUGACUUAAACAGUUGGGGUGUGACAAAGAGGUAUCUAACCUUUUCUGUGUGGCUGAUUUGCAGGUGUCACUCAUCCUCCUUUCUAGUUUUCUGAACAUGGACUGUCUGUUUACAAAACUUAGUCAUUUGUUUUCAGCUUGUCCUGUGUGAAUCAUUCUAGUUUAGGGCUCCUGUCUGAACCCAAAGGAGACAAGAUGCAUUUUGUUUGAGCUUCUGAAAGUCCUCCACAGAGGUCUUGGAGCUGCUGGAAGUUUGAGCUAUUCUGUCCUUACCAGGCUGAAGGUGGGAAGGUACCAUGUGAAGUGAUCUGCUGCUGUUCUGUAAAUGUUUGGAAUUCUACUGUCAACAUAUAUGUGGGAGGCUGGGGAGGAGGAGGUGAGCGGCAAUGUCUUGCCCUAACAGAUGGAGCUUUCUGUAUCUUACCUUUUGGAUUAAGGUACAACACACUGAAUAAAUUUCUGCUGUUUUAUUAAUGAAACGAAAAAUCUGUUCAUACUUCUUAUGUGCCUUACACCCAUUUUUUGCUAUGUGUUAGACACAAUUUGUUAUGAUAUUUAGGUAGAUGGAAAUAGCUAGAGAAAAUAUGAUUGCGAGUGGGAGAAUAUAUUAGUAUGUAUGACAGUCCAGUGUAAAUUGUAUGAGGGUUUCAGUUCAUAUAACUUAUGGAAAAGUCAAGUGAUUCAGCAUCAGGUUGGAUGGUCUUGGACUUGUGAGCUACUAGAAAAGACUUUACAUAUUUCAUUGUAAAACCUGUAAGAACUCUGCUGGCCUGUUCAUAAAUUUCUUUUUGAUCACCUCAUAGCUAACAGUGAAAAAAGGGGAAUUGUACUAACUGUCUCUGGUCAGUGUUGCCUAUUACUGCAAGUCCUUUAUUUCUGUAAAGGGAUAGAAAUACAAGGUAGGUGCUUAAUCUAAAAUUCAUUGAUGUUUCUACUCUGCUGUGGAGCUGAGGUUGGAAAGAUUUCAUUUGGAAAACUGACCUCCUUUGCUUAAAUAAAGGUAUUCUGCACUUGGGAGCGCCUCUGGAUGUGGUUGGUAUGGUAUGGUUGGUCAGCCAGAUGGAUCGCUUUGUGGAGAGAGGAACUAGGAGGAGGAACACGUGGAACUCUUGCAGCGCACUUAUUUCUGAUAAAGAGGAGUGUCACAAUUUUCUUGGGAAUUGUGAUAAUGGAUGGAGAUGUGAUCUCUGGGAGGAAUCUUGUUUGAAUUGGACUGAUUUUGACUUUUGUCACUGGUGUAUGGUGAAAUACCACACAUCCUUUGUCAGCUCACACACUUUAGAUGAAGAUGGCAAACGUCCCUGUCCUGCUUUUAUCCUCUCUCAAGAGGAACAUGGAUGGCAUAAUUG